AGGCCAAGGGCACAAAAGGGGACUCUGGGCUCAGGCCCAGUGUCAGUUACCUGAUCACGAGAGGAGAAGGAAGAGGAGGGACAGCCCCCCUCUUGCAAGCGCCUCUCGAUUCUUUUGAACAGAGAGUGGAGGAGCACCUGGAAGAGACCUUGGUGUUCCUCAACCAGACGACAGGAGACGGCAGAGAGAGACCGGGCUCACACAGGGCUGACCAGCGAGUCAGGGGGCUCUACGCCUCAGGGCUCUGGCCCUGUGUUGCAAACUAGUCUCACUUCUGCCUCAGAACCAGUGAAGGAGCACCUGGAAGAGACCUUGGUGUUCCAACGACAGGGACCCACUACUGACAGUCACCAUGUCAGACUCGGAAGAGGAGGCCCCCGAAGGGAGGGAGCAAGCAUGCCUGCUGUGUCAGCGACCAGACACUGACUCGGACAUCUGCGGGGAAAAACUCUACAUACAUGGGCUCUGUGCCCAUGAGUUCUGCCUGUAUUUUGCCAGCAACUUUCCUGAACGCCCGGUUCAUCGAGUAGACAUCUGGGGUCUUCACGCAUGGGAGAUCCGAGCUGUAGUCUCCCAGGCGGCAGAGCAGAGCUGCUGCAUCUGUGGCGAGAGCGGGGCCACCAUCUCCUGCUGUGAAAGAGACUGUGACCUGAACUUCCACCUGCCCUGUGCCAAGCAGGGACGCUGUGUCACCCAGUUCCACAGACCAUUCAGGGCCUUCUGCACCACACACAGCCCAGAACAGGCAGUGGAGGCGACUCCAGAGCCGGGCACCGAAUGCCUCAUCUGCAUGGAGCCUGUGGAGCACAGAAAGACUUUUAAUACCAUGGUGUGCCCAGCCUGCAAAACCGCCUGGUUCCACAGGGACUGCAUCCAAGGACAGGCUAUGCAUGCUGGUUUUUUCUCCAUCCAGUGCCCCCUCUGCAGAAAUGAUAACGCAUUUAUCAGAGAUAUGUUAACCAUGGGGAUCCGAAUCCCCUUGAGACCACCAUCAUGGGAGGGCCUUAAUGCAUUCACUGAGCUGGGAGACAGACACAGGCGCUGCGAUGCCACUAAGUGCCUUUUUCCAAGAGGCAGGCAGGCGGCAGAGGAGGAGGGGCCCUGGGAACUGCUUCUGUGCUCCUCCUGUGCUGCCGAGGGCACCCACAGGUACUGCUCUGGCCUGAGGCACAGUAUAACCAGCUGGGAAUGUGAUGGCUGUGCUGGCCUGGGCACAGCUCCCCGAGAUGAGUCGGAGCUUGCUGCUGUCAGCGUGGCCAGACAGUCUGGACUGGAGCCUUCUGACGGCUCCAGAGAAGCCGAGACCAUCAGCCCCAACACAGGCAGCCUGGUGCUAUCAGGGCUGUCUCCUAGUUCUGCACCACUGGAGACCAUCAGCCCCAGCACCAGUGUACCUGUGCCAUCUCCCGGAACUUCAGCACCACAGAACAGACACCACCGUACCAACCGCCAGGCAACAUCGGAGCAGUCUCUGGAAUCUUCCUCACAGGAGACGAGCAGCUCCAGCCCUGACAGUCAG